GCGCGUAUGGCUUCUCGCUGGUAAACACAAUCAACGUGUAACCAUUCAAAUUGAUGACAAGUUGUAUCUCCAGGAAGAUUACUCCAGUGAAGAGGAAUUCUUGAGGAGAUUUUUUAACAAUUGAAGACAUGUGUGAAGAUUGAGGGGAUUUGGAGAAUUAUUUUUUUUCGGGAGGAACUGUGUCCUAGUUUUCGGCAGCUUGGGCCGGGUGUUUCGAGGGACUGCACAUUUUUACAGUCGAUACGGGAGAGGUCUCUCGCCUCUGGGAAAAUUUAUUUCACAGGUGGAUUUAUCGGGGCUAGUGUCCCCGCACUUGUGAAUAUUUUGGGGGAUUUUUUUUUUCGAGGGCUCGUGAUUUAUCGCACCUCAAUUGGGUUGUAAACGUGGUUAAAGUGACAGUGACAGUGGGUUACUUGAUACAGUGAUUGUGCGAGUUUAUUUGUUUUUAUGGUUUUAUAACUGGUGGGUGUUGUCGGGUGAUAUACGGAUUAUUUUUGGUGGAGAUUUGUAUCGAGCAGAGACGUUAACCCCCCCCCCGUGCUGGAUCGUUAACGGAGAAUUUUGGAGCAGUUUUCCGAGUGAUGCUGAGUGUGUAACAUAAAAGCUAACCAGCAAAAUGAAUGCCUUUGUGGGAUACCGUCUCAUUUUGGCCCUCCUACCUCUUGUGAACGUUGUCACGUCCCUCGAGUGGAAGAAUAGCGCUGUGUUGGACAACAACUUCCUGGUACUCUGGACACCGGGAGAGAAAGACAUUGUAUUCGAGGUACAAGUUAAGACCCAGGGAUACGUGGGUCUUGGUUUCACGAGAGACGACAGGUAUGUUGGUGCAGACAUGGUCAUCGGUUGGGUCGAUAACAACGGCCAGGUUCAUCUUCAGGACCGGCAUGUAAAGGACUCGAACCGAGAUCCCCAGAUGGAUUCCAGUCAGGACUACCACCUGCUGUUGGGAUAUGAGAACAAAACUCACACUGUACUGCGAUUCAGUCGUCAGUAUGACACGUGCGACACACGGGAUCUCAAGAUCACGAAUGACACGAUGCAGGUCGUCUGGCAGUACCACGUGGAGGAGCCAGUGUCGGCAGCCGGUGUUUUGCCACCUCAUGGGGCUGUCCGUGGCUCCCGUCCGCUGUACCUCGUUCAGAGGGACUCACCACCAAAGCGCACUUCACGAAAUCAAGAGGUGCCAUCGGCGAUGAAAACAUGGGACGUGUUAAAUCAACAGGUGAAAUUACCGAUGGAGCAGGACACCCUCUUAUGGUGCAGAGUCGUAGAAAUGCCGCGUCUGAAUCGUAAACACCACGUCAUAAAGUACGAGCCAGUUAUUCAGCCAGGUAAUCAGCAGUACCUGCAUCACAUGACCCUCUACGAGUGCCGUGGAAAGGAAUCAGACUUGGAGACAGCAGCUAGCGCAAAUGGCACAGUAUGCUAUCAGCCGGACCAUCCAUCACUCCUGUGCACUUCGAUAGCGGCGACCUGGAACCUAGGAUCUGAGGGCUUCAAUUAUCCACCCGAGGCAGGAUAUGCCCUUGAUCCAGACUCCGGACCACGCUAUUACAUGCUUGAGACUCACUACACAAAUCCCCUACUGGACAACUUUAUAACUGACAGUUCAGGAUUGAGACUGGUGUACACUAAUCAACUUCGUACCCACGAUGCUGGUAUUCUCAGUGUUGGCAUCGAUCCUAACUGGCGUCACAUAAUACCACCAGGACAGCGGGAGGUUGUCUCAGAGGGUCACUGUGUAACAGACUGCACUGGUCAGACGAUACCCGAGAGUGGGGUCAAUAUGUUUGCCGUUAUAAUGCACACACAUCAGCUGGGUAGAAAGGUCAGACUGAGGCAAAUACGAGCUAGUGAGGAAUUACCGCCGAUUGCAUCAGAUACCAAUUACGAUCCGAAUUAUCAGGAGUACAGAAGAUUACAGCGUCCAGCUAAAGUUUAUCCGGGGGAUCAUCUUGUUGCUGAAUGUACGUAUUCGUCCGAGAGCAGGCAGACAAUCACUCUGGGUGGUCUAACAACACGUGAGGAAUCCUGUCUAGUAUCGGCACUGUAUUAUCCGCGCAUUGAGCUAUCUCUCUGUUACUCACUACCCUCAUUACCAACAGUCCUUCAGAGCCUGGGAAUUCAGAAGCUCAAGCAGGGAGCAACUCCAGUAAUAAUAGAAGCCCCAGCCGAGCUAGCUGGAAUGACCCUAGAAGAGCGAUUGAUGCGUUACAACUGGGAGACGAGUUUCCAAAGUUUUCAAGAGGCAACUCAUCGUGGUACAUUCAAACCCCUCUGUUGGAAUCGCAAAGGUGAACUUCUACCAAAUACCGAUGUACAGGAAGCUCAUUAUCCACGUAUACUGCGUCCCUACAAGGAAACAAUGCUACCGUGUGCUAAAAAAACACCGAGAAAUAAACUAUCACGUUUAUUCGGUGAGGAUGGUGAUCUUCCUGCACCAGUUGAUCCAGACAGUGAUGAAGCUAAUGCUGUUGAACGGGGCCAAUUGGUACGCAGUAAAGUGUCACGUAGUAGUGAGGGUCCCGUUGCCGGAAGUUCCGGUGUUACGAGGGCGCCAGUUGUUCUUGUACUCACUAUCAUUGUUGUUGCAUUCAGAUGAACAUUAUAAAUGUGUUUGUGACCGGAGUGACUGUGGAGUGCACAAAACACUGUGUUACUGUCUGGUGUUGCGAUUUAAAAUGAGGAGGGGGGAUGAAUAAUGAAAAAAGAAAAAUGAUUAAAUGUGUGAAAUUUUCUCCACCCGGGCUCAUGUGCAAUCUAUUACGCUAAUUUACUGCGUACAUCCUAAAUAAUGAGGCCGUGGCUGGAAACAAAUGGCGUAAGUUGUGAAAUGUAAUGACGAUUACACGUGCGCUUUAUAUUUCUUCGCUGCUCUUAUUCGACGUUCACAGUCCGUCGGGAAUACGGAGCCGUUGAAUGUCUUUCGAUUUGAAUAUUUUAUUUUGCGCCAAUGCAGAUGACUAUUUAAUUUCAAUUCUAACUUGUUGAGACUUUUUCCCCCCUCACUUCACAUCGAGAGGGGUUAUUAUACGAUUUAUCGGUAAGUUACCUUGUUGCAAGGUAGAAUUUUUAUAGCUUCUUUGGUAAUUUAAAAGGUGAUGAUUGAUUGAGAAGAAGCGGUGAAAAAAAUGUUGGCUGUUUAUGCGCAGUCAGGGAUUCGGCGGGGCCGAUGGUAAAUGCAAAUGGUGAAUAUCUCACGUGGAAAAUAUUAAGAGAUAUUUGUAUUAAAUAGUAACUCACUAUCACGUUUUAGCAAUUCGUUUUGCAAAACCACACACGCAAGCACUAGUCGGCCGUUUCUAUGCUUUUAAAAUGGUCAGCUGUAUCGCGCUGACUCGGCGAGACAAGUUUACAACACGGGUUUACGAAAUGAUAUCGUCCCUUGCACGGCUCCCUGCGCAAAUUUUGUAUAUUUUGUUAAUUAGAUUAUUAUCGUAAUCGUGUUCUUUUGAGGGGUAUGCACAAGUGUGGGUCGAUUUGCUGCGAUUAUCGUUCGGAAAAAUGGGGUUUAUCACUUUGAAACGUUUUUGUUUCAAUAAAAUAUCUGCGAUUGGCUCGAAGACAAUGCGAUGCCACAUUUUUUCCAACUGCCGAUAGUAACUUGACCCAAACUUGUGCCACAGUUUUUGUAACAUUUUGUACAGGCCAUUCUAUAUAAAAUUAUAUAAUUAUUUCUAAUAUCAGGAUUAGGUAGGAAUACGUAAACCUAAACAAUUAUUUAUUUUUUUAUUUGACGAUUCUUGUAAAGAGGUAGACUAUUUUGAAACGUUAAAUUAUUAUUUUCAAUUAUCAGUUUCAUUGAAUAAUUCCAGUUAAAAUCGUGCAUAUUACUUUGUUAUCGUGCAUCGGCAGGCAAAUUAAAUAUCUAUUCGCAUCUGUACACACAAAUAAAGGCACAAUUUGUGUAUGGAACCCUUCGCGCACAAAAUUUCGUGGCUGAAUUAUUCCUGAAAAUCGAUUUCUCUUUAGCGACUCCCCCAGCACCGGUAGAUUUACCUUUAUUUUUCCUUCAUUCAUUUUAUUUUUACGUUCAAGUACUCUCUGUUUAACCAAAGGCUUUGCGCCUGUAGUAAUGAGCUUUUAACGAUUUGGACGACAAGAACGGAAAUAACAGUGAAUAAGAAAAAAAAGUAAAAAGAAAAACACAAAGAGUGUAAAAUGGCCAGCGAGUAUUCUAGUCUGGCAGUUGUAAUUUUCGUUUUCUUAGCCUCCUCUCCACCUUUUUCAAUGUUAGGACCAGCCAAAACAACACAGAUACUUUAACAUUGUCAUUAAAAAUGAUAAUCCACAUCUGCGAUUUCACUACUGAAUUCUAUACCUGAAACAAAUAUGACAAAUUGAUUUUUCUCGAAAAUGAAUAAGUGAAAUUUAAGAAAAAAAAACAUAACGAUUUCUGUAGUCGAUAAUUCAAUAUAACUAAAAAAUCCAGUAGAACAUAUUUUACAAUUUAAUACGAUUAUUCGUAAAUGUCAUAGGGAUCUGUGUGUUGUAGUGCCGUAGGGCAGCGAACUUAUCUAAAGAAAAAUUAACGAAAAUGAAAAAAAACAUUAAAGAUAAAAGAGUAAUGUAAACUGAUUAUGGGGUUUUAUUGGGAAAUCGUUUGUCGUCGAUAUUGCCGUGACAAAAAAAACAUUAAUGCAGUCGAUAUUGCUUCAGAACUUUCGACAAUUCAAUCGACUACCGCCGACUGGUCGCGAAUACUCCGGGCAUUGGAUUUAAUCCAGCAAUCAUAGGGGAGGGUGGGGGGUGAAUUGGUAUGUGGGUGCGAGACAAAUCGCAUCAAAAGCUGACAGUACUGCGUGUAAUAUAAUUAUCAACUCGUUGUUAUCGGCCUGGACCCGCACGGAUUUCCGAUUUCCCGUGAGCACGAGCUGAAAACACGCAGUAGCAGGCGGGGGUGUUGUAGUGAGGAUUGAAAGUUCCGGGUUGGUAGGGGGGGAGGGACAGUUAAUAGGGAUUCGUUUUGGCGUAACUACCAAUCGAUUUGACCAACACAAACUCAAUUAUUGCCGUUGUACGUUCAGUUCUGGGUGAAUUUGUAACAUUUAUGAUUUAACAAAACAAAGAACGAUAAGUCUAAUAAUACAAAAGGGAUUAUUUAUCCGCAAUACACAGUCAUAACCCUAGUUUAUAACUUUUUAUUUCCUUGAAAAUGAAGGAUCAAACUGGGGGGUGAUCACUCAUGACAUCUGGUGUAAAGAUGAUAUUGAUAUUUCUGAAAGUCGAGACUUUUGUGAAAUCUUUCGAAUUCUCUGCAAAUUUCUCCCAGAAAUCUCAUUCUGAAUUCAUCACAAUAUGCAAUCGCUUGAAAGUAUACGGAAUUUCAGAGACUGUCUCUGAAAUCUUUUGUAAUCAUUCGGGAUUCUUCGAAAUCUGUGAGGAUUACUGAAGUUUUCAUGAAAUCCCUUGAAACUCCGAAAAAUAUUUCGGAAUAAAAGUCUUUCCGGAGUGAUUACCCCCUCGGGAUGAAAGGAUUACAAUGAAUAAUGAACAGAUAUCGAUGUACGCGAUGAUAAGUCGACUGAAAUCGCUAUGAGGUUUAAUGCACUUAUUGCGAGGCUACAGAGGGGGAUUAUUUUGGGUAUAAUAAAAAAUAUAAAAUGUGAAACUGCCGGUGAUAUGUACCAGAACAAUCAGCAAAAUGUGACGCGCGUUAUUCUCACGAGAUAUUAAAUGGAAAACUAAAUGAUGUUAGAUAUGAGAGGAAAUGAAAGAGUGAAAAAUAUCAUGGAUUUAUACUCGACGAUCUUGCAUCAUUGUGUACGUUAGUUCUUUUCUAACAAUGAGUGUAAACCGUAGUUUAACCACAAUACCAAUCCACUUGACCCAGUAACUGAUAGAAAACGAUAAACCCUAUAAAUACAGAUUUUUUUCCGUCGAGCACUGCCAUUGACUGGUGGUUGACUGUUCGUUUUCAAGUACCAUCGAUAUUUUUCAGGAUUGAAAACAGUGCAUUGGAGGGAAUAAAUUCGUCGAUUGGUGUCGUGGUGACUCUACGUAAAUAAUAAUAAAAAAAAAAUGAAAAAGCCACUGACUUUGUAUGUACUGUAUGUAGCGAAUUCAAGGAAUAUUGAAUGCAGCCGUCUCUCACUAGGACGCGGAAGAAUGAGUAGAAUGUGUGUAAAUAGAGAGAUAUUGAUAAUAAUGAAAAUUGUAUAUAGCUUUAAUAUUACGUAUAGAAUUCCAUCGUCAGAGACAAUGGCAGGCUUUUGAAUACCUAUUAAUUUAAGUAGAUAGGUAUUUUGAAGGAGUGAAAAAAGAGCAAGUAAACAUGUGAAGAAGUGUCGUUUAGGCGUUAUUCAUUUACACGUAUUGUCCGCCGCCCUCGAGUCCUUAUGACAGCUCCUCAAAAUCUUUGUACUACCUGCCCACGCCAUCUUUAAUGACGAAAUAAAAAGAUUAUGAAAACUGGAGAAUAACCGAACGCUACACUAUCAACUACACUGUAACAAAUUGUAUUAUAUUUUAUAUAUAUAAAUAUGUAAAUGUUUUUCUAAAGAA